ACUGAUGCCAGGGAAACCAACAACAAGCCUCAUUCAUUUCGAAGCUUUGAUCAAGGAAGUUUGAGGCAAAUUUUGUCCAUCUUGAAGCUAAAAUAUGGCGCUUACAAACCCUAAGGUUCCUCCACGGUUCGCCAUGUCRGACUGGCACACUUCAAAUACCGUCAUAAGGACUAAUGCUGAGAGACAAAGAGAAUCGUCCCAUCAGAUCCGACAAGAAGGAAGAUGGCUACGAAACGAGACGGAUAACCACACAAGGUGGACUCAACAUGACAGUAAUACGAAGCUGGAGAAGAGAAUUGAUGAUAUCAAUGACUGGAGGAAGAGUUUAGAGAGGUGUUUAGCUGAGACUGACCAUGAGAUUGCUCUUCURAAGAUCGAGAAAGAACGGACUGAAAGAGCUCUUGAAGCCAAGAAAGUGCCUUUGGAUAUCGCCCUGGAGUGUUUGAUGCUGCGAGAAAAUCGUCUGACUAUCGAUCUUGUUCGGGAUGAAGUUGAAGCUCAACUACACAAGGAAGUGGAAGUAAUCGAAGGAACAAAAGCUCUAUUGCAACAAAAAGUUGACGAAGCAUCCGAACAACUAUGUUUGCUUGAAGAGGCAAGACAUCAGCUUCACUUAGACCUUACAGACAAAUACACUGCCCUGCAGAUUGACGGUGAUUGCCAUACACUGAACAACAUGUCUGCAAAUAUYGGCUUUCAAGUCAAUCCGACCAGGACCAUCAAAGGCAGUGUCACUCCAGAGACAUGGGAUUCUUUUUCAAAUUAUAACAAACUAAGAGCUGAAGCGGAAAUGAAAGCAUCCACACACUUGAGAGAGGCUAUCUUUGCAACUUUACAACAGACAGCAAAUGAUUUGGAGGCUCAACGCAAGGCAUCUGAGUAUGCCUUUAGGAAGAGGACACAUGAAAGCCAACAAGCUAGGAGUGAACUGGAAUGGCAACAGAAAAAUACUGAGAAAGAAAUAGCAAACAUGGAGGAUGACAUAAAAGCGUUAAAAGAAGCCAUCGAUGCCAAGAAUGCGCCAAUGAUGGUUGCACAGACACGUCUUGAGAAUCGUACUUACAGACCUAAUGUAGAACUGUGCAGAGAUCAGCCUCAAUACCAGCUGUGUCAUGAAGUUGCCGAGAUCAGUGGGUCUAUACGAGCUUUAACUGAAAAGCUUAGAGAAUCAGAAAACUCCUUGCAAGCCUUGCGCAGCAACCUCAACCGCAUCAAUGAAGAUCUUGGAGUGAAGAACAACUCUAUUGCUUUAGAAGGAAGAUGUAUGAAUGUAAGGGAGAAAAUGAGGGAGGUGCCCCACAGCAUGAUUGACAUGCACCCAAUGGGUCCCCYUAUCGGCAACACACAAUACACCACGACAAUGAACUCUCUUGGUCAAUAUACUACUACUACCAAGGACACGACUUCUCCUCAGAUGAUUCUCCCACCUCRAACUGGCGGCCACUUUAACCCUCCUACAAGGCAAUACACUCUGCCUACAGGAUACACCGGUAGCUUGAGAGCUGCUCCACAACCAACRCUGAGGUACACUGCUACUCCUAUUGCUGAAUAAAUGACUUUUUUWAAAACUAAUUAUUGAUAAGACUGUUACCUUAUGCUGAUUGAAUAAGGAUAAUAUGUAUGGUUGUCAUGGAAACUGUUAUCUCUUGGGUGUUACAGUGCACAGUGUUGAGUCAAUGUAAAUUUUAUUUAAUAAUGCAAUGUACAGCUUUAUACGGCCAAUAAAAGAUUACAUUACUCUGACAUCAGCAUGACAUGUAAAUGGAUACAUUAUUAAAUAUUUUUUAAAAACA